AUGUCCCAAUUCACGGAUCUUGACAAACUCGCAGUCUCUACCAUCAGACUUCUCGCCGUCGACCAGGUCGCGGCGGCCAACUCGGGCCACCCGGGCGCGCCGCUCGGGCUCGCCCCGGCCGCGCACGUGAUCUGGAAGCAGAUGAAGCUGAACCCCGGCGACCCCGGCUGGAUCAACCGCGACCGGUUUGUGCUUUCCAACGGCCACGCGUGUGCGCUGCUGUACGCCAUGCUGCACCUGUCGGGCUUCGACUUCAAGAUCGAGGACCUGCAACAGUUCCGCCAGCUGGGCUCCAAGUGCCCCGGCCACCCUGAGUUCGAGCUGCCGGGCGUCGAGGUCACCACCGGCCCGCUGGGCCAGGGUGUGUCCAACGCCGUCGGGCUCGCCAUCGCGCAGGCCAACUUCGCCGCCACCUACAACAAGCCGGGCUUCACGCUCAGCGACUCGUACACGUUCACGUUUUUGGGCGACGGGUGCCUGCAAGAGGGUGUGUCGUCGGAAACGUCGUCGCUCGCCGGUCACCUGCAGCUCGGCAACCUGAUCGCGCUGUACGACGACAACCAGAUCACCAUCGACGGCGCCACCAACGUCUCGUUCACCGAGGACGUGGCCAAGCGCUACGAGGCCUACGGCUGGGAAGUGCUGCACGUGGCCAACGGUAACGAGGACCUCGACGGCCUGGCCCAGGCCAUCGCCCAGGCCAAGCGCUCCAAGGACAAACCCACGCUCAUCAAGAUCACCACCACCAUCGGUUUCGGCUCGCUGCAGGCCGGCUCCCACUCCGUCCACGGCGCCCCGCUCAAGCUCGACGACGUCAAACAACUCAAGACCAACAUGGGCUUCGAUCCCGAGCGCUCGUUCGUCGUGCCCCAGGAGGUGUACGACCUGUACAACACCCAGAUCAUCCAGCCCGGCGUCCAACAGUACGAGGCCUGGACCAAGCUCGUGCAGGAGUACUCGGCCAAAUACCCAGAGCUCGGCGCGGAGGUACAACGCCGCCUCGCCGGCGACCUGCCACGUGACUGGGAGGCCGCGCUCCCCGUCUACAAGCCCGAGGACGACGCCGUGGCCACCAGAAAGCUGUCGGAAAUCGUGCUCCAGAACAUCCAGGCCACGCUGCCCGAGAUGAUCGGUGGUUCUGCGGAUCUUACGCCUUCCAACUUGACCCGUUGGAAGGAAGCCGUGGAUUUCCAGCCACCGGCCUCCGGCCUCGGCGACUACGUGGGCCGUUACAUCCGUUACGGUGUGCGUGAACACGGUAUGGGAGCCAUCAUGAACGGUAUCUCGGCCUUCGGCGCCAACUACAAGGCCUACGGCGGUACCUUUUUGAAUUUCGUGUCCUACGCCGCGGGCGCAGUCAGACUCUCGGCAUUGUCGGGACACCCUGUGAUCUGGGUUGCCACGCACGACUCCAUCGGUUUGGGUGAAGAUGGGCCUACCCACCAGCCUAUUGAGACGCUAGCACACUUCCGUGCUUUGCCAAACAUGCAGGUGUGGAGACCCGCCGACGGUAACGAGGUUUCCGCCGCCUACAAAGUCGCGUUGACCCACAAGCACACCCCCGCCAUUAUUGCGCUUUCCAGACAGAACUUGCCACAGCUACAAGGCUCUUCCAUCGAGAAGGCCAUGCGCGGUGGUUACGUCCUGCAGGACGCUGACAACGCCGACAUCACUUUGGUGUCGACCGGUUCCGAGGUGUCGUUGGCCGUUGAGGCCGCCAAGGUCUUGGCCGAAAAGAAAAUCAACGUUCGUAUCGUUUCGCUACCCGACUUCCACACCUUUGACCAACAGUCCGAGGAGUAUCAAUUGUCGGUAUUCCCCGACAACGUGCCUAUCAUGUCGAUCGAGGUGCUAGCCACAUCUGGCUGGGCCAAGUACGCACACGAAUCGUUUGGUAUCGACCAUUUCGGAGCUUCCGGUAAAGCUCCUGAAAUCUACAAGAAGUUUGAGUUCACGCCAGAAGGCGUUGCCACGAGAGCGGAAAAGACCGUUGCUUUCUACAAGAACAAGCAAGUCACCUCUCCUCUACACAAGCCAUUUUAA